AUGUUCCGGCUACUGACCUCUUGCUGGUCCCGGCUAAAACCAACUGAAGAGAAACGAAGGAAUGCAACUGUCAUUAUCAUUGGCUUGGAAAACUCAGGCAAAACCGUUCUUGUGGAGGCCUUUCAAAGAUUACUUCCCAGCAGGAUAAACAAUGAUGUGAAAUCAGAACUGACUACACUCCUGCUAGAUGAGUAUGAAGUGGCCAUCUAUGACCUAAAUGGAGAUCUGAAGGGCCAAGAAAAAUGGCCAAACUACUAUGCUCAAGCACAAGGGCUUGUUUUUGUCGUGGAUUCCAGUGAUGUAGAACAUAUGCAGGAAGCAAAGAACAUCUUAACACGUCUAAUGUCUGACAAAAGAGUGGCAGGGAAACCCAUCUUACUCCUGGCUAACAAACAAGACAAAAAGGAUGCCCUCUUGCCUUGUGAUAUUAUCGAAUACCUACUUCUGGAAAGGCUAGUGAAUGAGAAUAAGUCCAAGUGCAGAGUGGAGCCAUGUUCAGCCAUCAAAAACCUCCAAAGGAGGAACCAUCAUCCCAUAAUUGAAGGGCUGCGCUGGCUACUAGCUGCCAUUGGAGAUAAAUAUGAAGAGCUGUAUAUUAGCCAACAACCACCCACUUUGAGCUUUCCAACCUCCAAGAGUACCAGAGGCUCUGGAGAAAGAUGCUCAUCAGAUAGCUUCUCUACCAGAAUAGUAAUGUCCAAAGAAAAAAGACAGAAUUUCGAGAAAAGACAGCAUUUUGGACAACGCUCCAUGGAAGCUAGGCCUCUAAAACCAAUUCUACAGAAAGAUGGCCUAAGAUUAAGGCCUAAAAAGAAUAUAUCAGUGACAUUUGCUUUAGAUGAACCCAUGGAGGAAGGUGAAUGUUCUGGGGGAAAUGGAGCACAGAACAUUACUGAGCCUCACUACAACCGAAGCAAUAACUUACAGACUCCAGCUCCAUAUGUUGGUGAGGAUCUUUUUGAAGGGACAGCAACUGAUGCCUCUCCUACCAACUAA